AUGAGCACUGGCCCUCUGCACCUGGUCAGGGCGGCCAGCCUGGGCCUAGACUUCCUGCUCCUCCUCUCCCUCUGCCUGCACAGUGUGCUAGCCAAGGAGUUAAAGUUUGUGACCUUGGUGUUUCGACAUGGAGACCGAAGCCCCAUUGACACCUUUCCCAAUGAUCCUAUUAAGGAAGCCUCAUGGCCACAAGGAUUUGGACAGCUCACACAGCUGGGCAUGGAGCAGCAUUAUGAACUUGGAAGUUAUAUAAGGAAAAGAUAUGGAAAAUUCUUGAAUGAGUCCUAUAAACAUGAUCAGGUGUACAUUCGAAGCACAGAUUAUGACCGGACUUUGAUGAGUGCAAUGACAAACCUUGCAGCCCUGUUUCCCCCAGAGGGUAUCAGCAUCUGGAAUCCCAGCCUGCCCUGGCAGCCUAUCCCAGUGCAUACAGUGUCUCUCUCUGAAGAUCGGUUGCUCUACCUGCCUUUCAGGAACUGCCCUCGUUUUCAAGAACUGCAGAGUGAGACUUUGAAAUCCCAGGAAUUCCAGAAGAGACUUCAUCCAUACAAAGAUUUUAUAGAAACCUUGCCAUCACUUUCAGGAUUCCCUGGCCAGGAUCUUUUCGGAAUUUGGAGUAAGGUCUACGAUCCUUUAUAUUGUGAGGACGUUCACAAUUUCACUUUACCAUUCUGGGCCACGGAGGACACCAUGGCUAAGUUGAGAAAAUUAUCAGAAUUAUCUCUGCUAUCUCUCUAUGGAAUUCACAAGCAGAAAGAGAAAUCUAGGCUCCAGGGGGGUGUCCUGGUCGGUGAAAUCCUCAAUAACAUGAAGAGUGCAACUCAGUCACAAAAGUACAAGAAACUUUUCAUGUAUUCUGCCCAUGACACUACUGUAAGUGGCCUGCAGAUGGCGCUAGAUGUUUAUAAUGGACUCCUUCCUCCCUAUGCUUCCUGCCACAUAAUGGAACUGCACCACGAGGAUGGGGAGUACUUUGUAGAGAUGUAUUAUCGGAAUGAGACUCAGCACGAGCCCUACCCCCUCACGCUGCCAGGCUGUGCCCACAGCUGUCCUCUGGAGAAAUUUGCAGAGCUACUGGACCCUGUGAUCCCCGAAGACUGGUCUGAGGAGUGUAUGAUCACAAGCAAUCACCAAGUCCUAAGGGUAAUCCUUGCCAUCACCUUUUGCCUGGUAUCUGGUGUCCUAGUCAUCCUGCUGUUUGUCCUCAUCCGCCAUGGGCCCUGCUGGCAGAGAGACGUCUAUCGGAAUAUCUGA